UUAUUUUAAAAAUUUUAAUUGGACGAUCAUUUUGAGAUGGACAAUGCUAUCUAUAUACACGAGUAUUUUGUAAUGACAUUUUUAAUAAAAGAAUAAAACAACCCUUUUUAUUAGUCUAAAAAAGUUGAUGUUUGGUGUAUGUACGUGUGCGUAUAUAACCUUUCUCUUUUAAGAAUUGAAAGUGGUACAAGGAUUAUAUUGUGUUGCAUAUUUAAAUGUUAAGGUGGAAUCUGCUCUCCACAUAUGAAGCCAACCCACAAACCACAUCCCCUUUCAUGUGUGUGAGAAAAACAGGAAUUUGGUUGUCUUUAGCUCAGUGCAUUGAAAAUUUCGUUUACUUGUCAGGUAAUAUGGAGAAUUCUGUCGAAGAAACACUUGAAAACGAUCCAACUAGCAAAUCUGCUUUGCUUAAGGUUGAUCCAGGGAAACCUGCUUACCUCACGUGGCAGCGGCAAUUGAACAGCAUCGGAAAACCCCCUGCUGCUUUUGGCCUUAGUUUCAAAGACAUAAUUUUUUUGGCACCUCUAGGUUUUCGGCUGUGGCGUUACACGAAAGAAGAAGAAGCAGCAGGAAGAACAUCAAUAUUUGAUAUUUUCAGAAAGCACAUUGUUACAUGUGAUCACGGCGUUCCUUUAGGUGGUAUAGGGGCUGGAAGCAUUGGAAGGGGUUACAGAGGUGAGUUUCAACACUUUAAACUGUUUCCAAAAGUAUGUGAAGAGGGUCCAAUCCUGGCAAAUCAGUUCUCUGCUUUUGUAUCACGUUCAAAUGGACAAAAAUAUUCAACUGUAUUAUGUGCAAGAAGUCCAGAGGUUCCCAAGGAAAGUACAGGUUUGGGGAUUGAAUCUUGGGAUUGGAAUUUGAAAGGGGACAAGUGUACAUACCAUGCUUUGUUUCCAAGGUCAUGGACCAUUUAUGAAGGUCAACCUGAUCCGGAGCUUAGAAUCAGUUGUCGUCAAAUUUCACCUUUUAUUCCCCACAACUACAAAGAGAGCAGUUUGCCUGUAUCAGUGUUUACAUUCACGCUCUCUAAUACUGGAAGAACCUCUGCCGAUGUCACCUUGCUUUUUACAUGGGCUAAUUCGCUGGGUGGGAUCUCUGGAUUUUCUGGUGGUCACUUCAACUCAAAGAUGAAGACGGAAGAUGGAGUUUGUGGAGUACUUUUACACCACAAAACAGCCAAUGGACAACCUCCACUUACUUUUGCCAUUGCAGCAAAAGAAACUAGUGAAGUCCAUGUCUCAGAGUGCCCUUGCUUCUUCGUAUCUGGCUGUUCCAGUGGAAUCAGUGCCAAAGAUAUGUGGCAUGAAAUAAAAAAGCAUGGAUCGUGUGACAACCUGGGUUUUGAAGAAAUUUCACGUUCAGACCAGGAUUCAUCCAUUGGAGCAGCUGUAGGCAGCCUCCUGACUGUCCUUCCUGUGUCUGACCGUAGAGUUAAUUUCUCACUUGCAUGGGACUGUCCAGAAGUGAGGUUUGGUGACAAGACAUACUACAAGCGCUAUACAAAAUAUUAUGGCACUUUAGGUGAAGCAGCUGCAAAUAUUGCACAUGAUGCUAUUUUGGAGCAUUCCACCUGGGAAUCCCAGAUAGAGUCAUGGCAAAGACCAAUUCUUGAAGACAAAAGGCUUCCUGACUGGUACCCUAUCACUCUCUUCAAUGAGCUCUACUACCUUAAUGCAGGGGGGACAAUAUGGACAGAUGGAUCACCUCCAAUGCGAAGUUUAGUAUCCCUGGGAGAGAGAAAGUUUUCUCUUGACAAGUCUAGAUCACAUUUGGAUAAUGCAAUUGACACUGAAAAUCAAGAUGAUAUAGCUAUUGAAAUCCUAGAAAGGAUGACAUCUACACUUGAGAAGGCACAUAAACCUCUAACAUCAAAUGCUGCUUUUGGAACCCGUUUGCUCCAGGAUGGAGAAGAAAACAUUGGCCAGUUCCUCUAUCUUGAAGGGAGUGAGUACCUCAUGUGGAACACUUAUGAUGUUCAUUUCUACUCAUCUUUUGCACUACUCAUGCUAUUCCCAAAGCUUGAACUGAGCAUCCAGAGAGACUUUGCAGUAGCAGUUAUGAUGCAUGAUCCAAGCAAGGUGGAAAUUAUGUGUGAUGGAAAGUGGGUUCCAAGAAAGGUUCUUGGUGCAGUUCCACAUGAUAUUGGGCUUAAUGACCCUUGGUUUGAAGUAAAUGCUUACAAUCUAUUUAAUACAGAUAAUUGGAAAGACUUGAAUUCCAAGUUUGUUCUCCAGAUACAUAGGGAUAUUGUUGCUACUGGAGACAAAAGUUUUGCACAGGCUGUUUGGCCUUCAGUUUAUACUGCAAUGGCUUUUAUGGAUCAAUUUGAUAGUGAUGGAGAUGGGAUGAUUGAGAAUCAAGGGUUCCCUGAUCAAACGUACGAUGCAUGGCCUGUUACUGGUGUGAGUGCUUACAGUGGGGGGCUCUGGGUGGCAGCCCUCCAAGCUACUUCAUCUAUUGCUUGUCAAGUCGGUGAUAAUGCAUCUGCUGCCUACUUUCAUAUGAAGUAUCAAAAGGCAAAAUCUAUAUAUGGCACAUUGUGGAAUGGAUCCUACUUCAACUAUGACAACACAGCGAGUCGUUCCAGCAGGUGUAUUCUAGCUGAUCAAUUGGCUGGACAAUGGUACGCUGGAGCAAGUGGUCUCAUGCCAAUUGCAGAUGAUGACAAAGUGAGAAGUGCACUUGAAAAAAUUUAUGAUUUCAAUGUGUUAAAGGUGAAAGGAGGUAUGCGUGGUGCGGUAAAUGGGAUGCGUCCGGAUGGAACAGUUGAUAAUUCAGGCAUGCAAUCAAGGGAAAUUUGGGCUGGAGUUACAUAUGCUCUUGCCGCUACCAUGAUUCAAGAGGGGAUGAUGGAAACGGCGUUCAAAACAGCAGCUGGUGCCUAUGAAGCUGCCUGGUCAGAGCAGGGUCUCGGAUACUCUUUUCAGACUCCAGAAGGGUGGAAUACGGAUGACGAAUUCAGAUCCCUCUGUUACAUGAGGCCUUUAGCAAUAUGGGCAAUGCAAUGGGCAUUGACAAAGCCAAAACUCUUCACAGAGGAGAUGAAACAUCCAUAUGAAGGGAUUGAUGAGUCUUUAUACCAUAAGCAGCAUCUAGGAUUUUCAAAAGUGGCUCACCUCUUAAAGCUGCCUAAUAAGGAGGAAACUUCUAAAACCUUCCUACAGUCUCUUAUUCACUUCAUUUGCAGAAGACUUCCAAUUUGAUUUCUUUUAUAUAAAUAAUUCUCUCUCCAUAGGGAGUGGUAUAGUUAUACUUUCACUUCAUAUACGAUUCAUACUCUAAUUUUCCUUCUUUAUUUCUAAGACAUUUUGGGACCCUUUGGUGGGGAAUAUAUCAAUCCUGCAAAAGACUUUUUUUUUUUAAUUAUUAUUCAAGUGAAGAU